AGGCCCUGGUGUUGGUGGAAACUGUGGUCCAUAUCGGCAAUCUGAAAGGAAUGCUCUGUACAAACAAUAUGCUGAAAAGCUUCUAGAAUCUGGUCAUGUUUAUCGUUGUUUUUGUUCUAAUGAGGAACUAGAAAAAAUGAAGGAGAUUGCAAAACUAAAGCAACUUCCUCCCGUAUACACUGGAAAGUGGGCCAACGCCACAGACAAGGAAGUACAAGAAGAGCUGGCAAAGGGAACCCCUUAUACUUACCGAUUUCGAGUGCCUAAGGAGGGGAGUUUGAAAAUUGAUGAUCUUAUUCGAGGCGAAGUUAGUUGGAAUUUAAAUACACUUGGAGAUUUCGUGAUUAUGAGAAGCAAUGGACAACCCGUCUACAAUUUUUGUGUCACUGUUGAUGAUUCUACCAUGGCUAUCUCACAUGUUAUAAGAGCAGAAGAGCAUUUGCCAAAUACCCUGAGGCAAGCCUUGAUAUAUAAGGCUCUUGGAUUUCCAAUGCCUUACUUUGCACACGUGUCUUUGAUUCUUGCACCCGAUAGGAGCAAGCUUUCAAAACGUCAUGGUGCAACGUCUGUAGGCCAGUUUAGGGAGAUGGGGUAUCUGCCUCAGGCAAUGGUAAACUAUCUGGCUCUGUUGGGCUGGGGUGAUGGUACUGAAAAUGAGUUUUUUACCCUUGAGCAACUUGUUGAAAAAUUCUCCAUUGGUCGAGUCAACAAGAGUGGAGCUAUAUUUGAUUCUACCAAAUUAAGGUGGAUGAAUGGUCAACAUUUAAGAUCCCUUCCUUCGGAAGAAUUGGCUCAACUUAUUGGUGAGCGUUGGAAGAGCAUCGGCAUUUUGACAGAAUCAGAGGGUUUGUUUGUAGAGGAGGCUGUUCAGCUGCUGAAAGACAAGAUUGACUUGAUAACAGACUCAGACAGUGCACUUGCAGAAUUGCUAUCUUAUCCACUAUAUGCUACUCUCACAAGUCCUGAAGGAAAAUCCGUCUUAGAAGAGAGGCUUCCCGAAGUUGCAGCUAGCUUGUUAGCUGCCUACGAUAAUGGUGAUCUCGUUGGUGCAUUUGAAGAAGGGUCCUCUGGAUGGCAGAAAUGGGUGAAGAGCUUUGGUAAAUCGUUGAAACGGAAGGGAAAAUCUCUAUUCAUGCCCCUCCGGGUCUUGCUAACAGGAAAGCUUCAUGGCCCAGAUAUGGGGGCUACAAUUCUUUUGCUCCAUAAAGCAGGAACUUUUGGUCUUGUGGAUCCUCAAUUUGGCUUUAUGACUUUAAAUGAAAGGUUCCAAAUGCUGAAGGAAGUUGAUUGGGAAUCAUUUAACAAGGAUCAGCCUCUCUUAGAGUCUGCUUCUGCUGUAUCUUCAUGAGAUUAUCUUUUUCUUUUUUUUGUUCCUGGUUACUACUAUACGAGAGAAAUGUUUGUAGUGAGCAUUUUCCGUAAAUUUUUUAUGAAUGCUACAUGCAAAUACUUCCAUGUAAAAUAUAACUUGUUUUAGAAAAACGAGUUAUUUGUGUUGAAACUUUUUCAUCAAGUACAUCUUUGGGUUGAUUGAUGAAAUGAACUGAACUUUGUUGUUUUCUGUUGGACGAGGCUGCUGGCCUUG